AUGGCGUGCAAGGCCCUCAAGAAAUACCCAACAAAUUCCAUUAGAGAUAGGCACCGCCGCCGCCAACGGAAGAAAUCUCCGGCAGCCAUCCUCGCAUCUAUCAAAAAAACAAUCUGUUCAUGCAAGAGCCGCUUCGCCGAGAUAUUCUCCAAAUUGGCACGCAUUAGAACCCCCAGUAGCCACCACAAAGGUUACCAAAUCUUGAUGAAGGAACUUAAGGACCAAAGACAAGGACUCCUACAAGAAAACGACCUUGAAAAAGAUAACAUUUGCCGAGCGGUUUUCUUUAGUAAACGAUUACCGCCCUUGAUUUCCCCAACUAAGAGAACCAUCUUUCUUGAUCUUGAUGAGACCUUGGUGCAUUCCAAAACAGACCCACCACCUCAAAAGUUUGAUUUUAUGGUGAGGCCAAAUAUUGAUGGAGAAUUCAUGAAUCUUUAUGUGUUGAAGCGGCCAGGAGUUGAUGCUUUCUUGGAAGCACUGGCUGAAAAGUACGAGUUGGUAGUGUUCACCGCCGGAUUAAAAGAAUAUGCGUCUCUGGUUCUCAACAAGCUAGACGUUAAGGGGUUAAUUUCCCACCGGUUUUACAGGGAUUCGUGCAAGCAAAUUGAUGGGAAGUUUGUCAAGGACUUGUCGGAAAUGGGAAGGGACUUGAAUAGGGUAGUUAUUGUAGAUGAUAAUCCUAACUGCUACAUAUUCCAGCCGGAAAAUGCAGUUCCAGUAAGGCCUUUCAUUGAUGAUCUUGAUGAUGGGGAGGGGGAGUUGGGGAAGUUGGUUAAGUUUUUUGAUGGUUGCGAUCGUUACGAGGAUAUGAGAGAUGCUGUAAAGCAAUACCUUUGUGAAAAAAUGAUACGGAAACGAUAG